GGAGUGGGCGACUUGUCAUUGCGGCGGUGCGUGUUUUGUUGUGAAAUGAGUGGUGGUCGACGGAGGCAGCUAGCCGUCGCCAGCCCCCUCAAAAUAAAGCGAAUUCAGCCAGAAACGGUGAUCGCUGGUAUGGAAGACGGCUGGCCAUUUUAAAGCAAAGCUGCAGGAUGCAACAGGUCAGACUCAGUCCCCUGAGAUGCUGCUGAGCGAUGAGGAUGGGUCAGAGAAAGAAAUCAUGCUGGUGAGGCAAACAGGCUGCACACCACCCGCCAGAACCCACCGCAGCUACACCAACUGACACAAGCCAUGCCCCGUCUGCCCUCCUGAUUCUCCUCCCUGACCUGCUGCACCUUCCCUCGGUCCAAUCAGAGCCACAGCAGCCCAACAACAGCCUCCCUGUCAAGUCAGCAUGGCUACACCCUUUCUGUGGAAGCUUUCAUCCCAGAAGCUGGGCUUCUUCCUGGUCAGCUUUGGGUUCAUCUGGGGCAUGAUGCUGCUGCAUUUCACCAUCCAGCAGCGAGCCAGCCACGAGAACAGCGCUGUGCUGCGGCAGCAGAUCCUGGACCUCAGCAAACGUUACAUCAAAGCACUGGCUGAGGAAAACCAAAGCGUCAUGGAUGGACCCUAUGUUGGUACUAUGACCGCCUAUGACUUGAAGAAGACCCUUGCAGUGCUGCUGGAUAACAUCAUGCUGAGGCUGGGCAAGCUGGAGUCAAAGGUGGAGAACAUCUACAAUGGUACAGGGGGCAACCUGACCAAUGGCACCAGCACUGCCACACCCAGUGCCACAAACUCAGAGAAAGUUAACGUGGCAGACCUCCUAAAUGGAGCCCAGGAGAAGUGUGAGCUGCCUCCUUUGGAUGGUUUCCCUCACUGCGAGGGCAAGCUCAAGUGGAUGAAGGAGAUGUGGCGCUCAGACUCCUGCUACGCCAACUACGGCGUGGAUGGAUCCACCUGCUCCUUCUUCAUCUACCUUAGUGAGGUGGAGAACUGGUGCCCUCGCCUGCCCUGGCGGACAAAGACCCUGAAUGAGGAAACAGACAGGAGGGGACAGGCUGUCCGUGAAUCCUUGAAUUUCAAUAUGGGAAAAGCGGAGAUCCGGACCAGUUUUGAGGAGCUUUACCGGGUGAUGUCACAACGGGAGGAGUUCCGCUGGAUGAUGCUGAGGAUCAAACGCAUGGCUGAGCCGUGGGUCAGCGCCAUUCGCUCGCUAGCUGCCAAGCAGAACCUGGCCAAACGUCGGAGGAAGAAGAUCCUGGUUCACUUGGGCCUGCUGACCAAGGAGUCCGGCUUCAAGAUAGCAGAAAACGCCUUCAGCGGUGGCCCACUGGGCGAGCUGGUCCAGUGGAGUGAUCUCAUAACCACGCUGUACCUGCUGGGCCACGACGUUCGCAUCUCUGCCUCCCUGGCUGAGCUCAAAGAGAUCAUGCGCAAGGUUAUGGGGAACAAGUCCAGCUGCCCAACUCAGGGCGAUAAGGUGGUCGAGCUCAUCUACAUUGACAUCGUGGGCCUCACACAGUUCAAGAAGACACUGGGACCUUCCUGGGUCCACUACCAGUGCAUGCUGCGGGUGCUGGAUUCGUUCGGGACGGAACCAGAGUUCAAUCACGCCCACUACGCCCAGUCCAAGGGCCACAAGACGCCCUGGGGGAAGUGGAACCUCAACCCCCAGCAGUUCAACACCAUGUUCCCUCACACCCCAGACAACAGUUUCCUGGGCUUCGUAGUGGAGCAGCACCUCAACGCCAGCGACAUCAAGCACAUAGAUGACAUCAAGAGACAGAACCAGUCACUCGUCUACGGCAAGGUGGACAACUUCUGGAAGGACAAGAAGAAAUACCUUGACAUUAUCCACAGCUACAUGGAGGUUCACGGCACCGUGCACGGCACCAGCACCGUGCACCUCCCGAGCUACGUCAAGAACCACGGCAUCCUGAGCGGCCGAGACCUGCAGUUCCUCCUCCGAGAAACCAAGUUGUUUGUGGGCCUGUCCUUCCCCUACGAGGGUCCUGCUCCUCUGGAGGCCAUUGCCAACGGCUGCGCCUUCCUCAACCCCAAAUUCAACCCACCAAAGAGCAGCAAGAACACCGACUUCUUCAAGGGCAAACCCACCCUGAGAGAGCUGACCUCUCAACAUCCGUAUGCUGAGGUGUACAUCGGUCAGCCCCACGUGUGGACGGUGGAUAUCGAGAACUCUGCCGAGGUGGAGAGAGCCAUCCGCUCCAUCCUCAGCCAGAAGAUUGAGCCCUACUUGCCCUACGAGUUCACCUGUGAGGGGAUGCUGCAGAGAGUCAACGCCUUCAUUGAGAACCAGGACUUCUGCCACGGUCAGGUGAUGUGGCCUCCUCUCAGCGCUCUGCAGGUCAAGCAGGCUGAGCCCGGUCGCUCCUGUAAGCAGGUGUGUCAGGAGGAGCAGCUCAUCUGUGAGCCCUCCUUCUUCCAGCACCUCAACAAGGACAAGGACCUGGCCAGGUUUGGCGUGGACUGUCAGACGGUGGAGUCCAGCGCAGACACGGUGGUCCCGGCCUACAGCGAGACCCGCCACCACUGCAUCUUCCAGUCCGACCUGCUGCUGUUCAGCUGUGCCGGCGCCCACCAGUCGCUGCGACGCAUCUGCCCCUGCCGCGACUACAUGAAGGGCCAGGUGGCGCUGUGCAAAGACUGCCUAUAGCACCCAGGCACCGGUGGACGGGAGGGGGCGGGGCGUGGAUUGGGCGAGGUUUGGGGGGGCGUGGCUGGAUAGGGUUAAAUGAAGUCGGAGCAGCUUAACAAGUGUGUGAGUGUGUUUGAGAGAUCACAGUCAUGCAGCUGUCAAACACACACACUGGACUCCUGUAUGGGCGGACAAACAUUCAUGAGACUGCGUUUGUUCUUUAGUAUUUAUUGUUUUCCCCCAACUGAGCAUCCGUCAACCCUCCGAUUCUCCAGCGGCGGCGCCGUUAGUCCUGGAAGUGGCGGGAAAUUACUUGAAUCAACAAAGGGAGUGGUGUUCCGCUUCCACGUGGCAGCAGCUGAGCUCUCUGCGUCCUCCUUGGUAGACUGCACAUAUCAGUGACUGGCUGCCGGUUGGUCUCCAGGUUCACCAGGGCAGCAAGAGACCGAGGAGACUCCACCACCACCACCACCACCUCUUCCUGAUGGCUGCCCCAUCCCUCCAACCCCCCCCAUCUGCUCCACCCUGCGCCCAUCACUCCAUCCACCCCACCCCCCCUGCUCAAAUCUGAAACUGUUUAUUCUUUAGGUAGGUUUGCACUGGACUGGCACACACACACACACAGAGGCGCCUAACAGACGGUGGCUAAAGACAAAACCAGUUUUACACUGUAACCAACUUGUUCCUCUCUUCUGGACAAACGCGAUGAGAGCGGACAUGUAAUAUAUAAAUAUCUAGAUUUUUAUUCUGGAAGUUUUAUCAUUUCCUGACACUUGCUCCGGACGUAACACUGACUUCAUUCCCCCUCCACACAGGAAAGUCCUGCUCUGGAUCAGUCACCGGCCCCCGGUUGGUUCCUUGAUUUUCAUACAUUUUACUUCCACACCAAAACGAGACGUCUUAUUUAAAGUUGUAAAGAGGACCGAGUGUGUGUUUCCAUAAGAGGCCAGUAGAGAAUUAUAAACAUGUUGUUGUUGUUGUUCGAUGCACCAUCCGGUACGACGCACACACCGAGGGGUGAGGAUCGGGGAAGGGGGAUGAGGGUCAUUCUCUGUAGCUAAAGCUGUCGCGUAGAGAGUCGCCGUGUCGUACGAUUGUCGUGACGUCGUGUCGUAGAUGACAGGCCGUCGUCAGUAGCAGUGGUAACACCCAGCUGCAUGGCAGCACAGGCUACGAAGCCUUAACAAGAACUCAUUUUCCAAAGACUCCACAGCCUGCAGAGAAACAGGAAACCCUGAUCCAGAUGUUUGUCUGUGUCUCUCUGUACACAAAGUGAAAAGCUACAAACACACAAAGCCGCGCUCGUCUCCCAUCGACCAGGCAGCAGCUGUAAAUCCUUUCAAGCGAAACUGUAAGCAACAGAAACGACAACAUGCCAACGAAGCGUUCCCGCAAACGCAAAACCUCGCAUCUCCUCCUUUUCUUUGGAUCAUCGUUAGGAUCUUAAUUUGCCUGCAGGUUUGCAAAGAAAAAAAAUAUUAAGAUAGAAAAUCAAAUUUGUAGUUCUUUGUGGUGAAUGGAAACAAUGCACUACGUUUAUCUAUUUGCAGAGGUUUAACAAGAUAUUAGUAACACUGUAUAUUGUUCAUAUGGGGUUUAAAGUUUCUUUUUUAUUUAUUUUGUUUACAGAUCUUUAUCUCUGUUUUGCUGGAAAGCUUUGUUUUUAUUUAUAGAAGGGGUGUCUUUCUUUUUUCCUUUUAUAGAUUUUUAUUUAUGGAGAGUAAUUAAAAAAAAAAAAAAAAAAAGCCUGCUUAUCUUCAAGUGUAUGACCGAGAGAGGAGGGGAGCUUCGCCUGCUCCUGUUCGACUGUGAGAAAUGAUGUGAGGAAGAAAAAAAAACCUUUUCCAUUUAGACCGAAAGGUAAAAAAAAUGAAAUGUUAUAAAGCUAAAAACACAAGUGAAGUUUGGUUUAAAACUUUUUCUCUUCCUCUCAUCACUGUCUCUUGAAGACGGACAGAAGUGGACAGAUGUCCCCUCAGGAGCAGGAGCCUCAUGCACUUUGUGCUUUGAUUUCCAAUCUCAGUUUCUCUGUUUUGCACACGAGUAAAUUCAGACUGAACGGCACCGUCCAGCGACCACCUCUUGCUUCCUCACUGUGUCAGCUCAGACUGUUGUUAUGUUUCCUCUGUUUUUUUUUUUUUGUUAAACUUUUAUAAGCAGGUCACCGAUCUGCCGCCAAGUUAGUGUUUCAAGGAACAUGAUGUGCCUUUUCAUGGUUAAGUUCGCUUCUUGCUUCUGUCUGACUGUCACUUCAACAUGUUGAAAACACACAGCUCACACACUCGAGGUGCAGCCUUCAGCCCCAGCGUUGGCUCCACACGCACCUUCGCUCCUAAAUCACUUUUAUUUAAUUCACAUGAGUAAAUGUCGUUGAUCUAAACCUUCUAAUUUAAGAAGUUCAAUCAAACUGUUCAGGUUCAAAACAUUAAAAAACCAGACUGAUUGGUCGUUCAGUGUUAACCAUCUGACCAUCAGCGAAUCACAAGUAAAGAUAAUAUCAGUGUUAAUUGUCAGUGCAGUGAUAAAAACCCAGGAAGCCUGUUAUCUUUCCAUUUAACUUCAAAUAUUUAUGAUUUAGUUCAAAGUAAGAACCAUUUUAAAACCUGAAUGAAAGGACAGUGACGUCUUAAACCUCGUCUCUUGCCAACUGAGUGAGCAGCUGUGAAGACAGAGUCAGUUUAACCCGAUUAGUUGCAGCUAAAGCCUUAUUUACUUUCUGUUAGUCUUAUUCAAAGCAUGCAGUCGAUCAGAUUAUCAGCUCCAACACAGAGCCAUCAGCUCUGUGGUGUACGACACCGCGCUUUCUUCACUGUAUUUGUCUUUGUUAACCUCAGCAUCGAAUGUUUCCAGUGUAAAGAAGAAAAAAAAAAUCUGCUACCUA